CAGUCGGCAGCCAUCCACAAAAAACGGCUUGCGAUGAUCGUGGCGUCCGAGACAACCCACGUUGAAUGAAUUUGGGAUGAAGGUGGUGAUCCAGCAUUCUUGAAGGGUGCACCACGCAUGUACGUAGUGGUACCAUACUUGCUCAUUGGAUGGAGCUCUACCUCCUGCUGCCAGUCAUUGGUUGCCAGGGGCCUGGCUGGUGGUGUGGAGGCUACCAUCAACCUGAAGCGUGGGAGUCGCAAGUUGGUGGUGAUGGGAUGAAAGUGAUGGUUGCGCCAGCUGGACUCUGGAAGUCUUGGGCCAUCGCCCUGAUGGGACUUUAUUUACUGUGCCUCGCGGCGCCCGCGCGUAUAGGUAAAAUCGAUGUUUUGAGAGGAUUGGAUUGUGGGAUGCCGGCAAUUGCACGACCCGAGGUUCUCAACGUUCUGCAGCCUCUGGCAGAGGUUCUGAUGAUUACGCGGGACAUCGAGAUAUCGAGAAACGCUUUCCGUGGGGGAAGGAGGUGUGAGGAGGGUGAAAUCAGAAUCAGAGGUCGAAUCGUCAUCGAGGGCUUUGCUCCGGAUCAUGCGACAGCCUUGAAAGUGAAACGCGAUGCCUGUACCAGUAAGCAGAGACUGUUCAUCGAUAAGCAAUGCAUCUCAGGAUGGGGAAAGUGCAAGACGCAACAGCAGGCUGCGUGCGAGUGCAUAUCUGUGAACGAACCUACAGAACCUGUUAUUCUGCGGCACAGACGCCAUGGGACGCGGGCGCGCUCGCGCUACCUUGGCCCGUUCUGACGUGUUCUAGGCCCAAAUAUCCCCGGUGUGGCACGCAAACAUUACGGACGAAUGAGGGCGUGACAGCGACAUUGUCGAUUCUUUGUUGUAUCGUGUGGUGUGCAGGACGAAGGCCAGUCAGAAGUACAGUGUAGAUGCAGAGGAGAAGGGGAAGGUUGGAGAAAGCGUUGUGGAGGAUGGGUAGAGGGCACCAACGCCAGGACUAGCGACGGCG